CGAAAGUUCUGUCAAAGGUGUUGCUUAUGUUUACAUAUUCUGCAAUUAAUUAACGCGAGUACACAAAACACUAGGCGUUAAUUUAUUUUAUAUAAUUAUACAUAAAUAGAGUUGCAUAAAUUAAUAGAUUUAUUAUAAUUGUAUUCGGAAAUAUCCGGAAAUAUGGCAUAAGAGAUUCGCGAACGUUUGAAAUCAUUUAACCCUAUAUUCUAUAGUAGUCGAAUAUCGUGUGUCAAAUUAAAUAAAAUGAGUUCGUGCAGCGUAAUUACGUCUGAUUUUGUGAAUUUAUCAAUCACAAACUCUGGUCAGGAAUCAUGUUGUGUGGAACGUCGAUUUCAAAAGGGUAUAACUGUCAAUGAAUUUAAAGGCAAAUUGGAGCUUCUUACUGGUGGUAACCCAGUUACAAUGACCGUUGAAGUUUACAACAAGAAUGACAAGCUCGUUUGUAAAUUGGAGGAAGAACAGCGCUUUUUGGGGUCAUAUCCAAUAGACGAUGGAAUGAGGAUACAUGUUAUUGAUAAUUUCUCAUGUACUACAGAAGAUUUAAAUCAUGUGAAAAAGUUUGAGAUAUCUGAGGAAGAGUAUGCCAAAAAGACAGACACUGUUAAGGCGUUCUUAGAAAGGAAUAAAUUGGGAAAGUAUAAUGAGGAAGAUAUGAAAAGAAAAGCAGAAGAGAAGAAACUGGAGGAAGAAGCAGAAGAACGCUUGGCUAGUUUGUGCAAAGUUGGAGACCGUUGCGAAGUAUCUGUUCCAAAUCAGCCAAAACGAAGAGCUUCUAUCUUAUAUGUUGGUAAAACUGAAUUUAAGGAAGGCUGGUGGAUCGGUGUUAAAUAUGAUGAACCUCUUGGCAAAAAUGAUGGGAGUGUCGGUGGAAAAAAAUAUUUUGAAUGUGCCCCAAAAUAUGGAGGAUUUGUGAAGCCAGCGCACAUAAACGUUGGAGAUUUUCCAGAGGAGGAUUUCAACCUAGACGAAGAACUGUAAAGCACCAUAAUUGUUUUACUUUAUUUUAUCUUUUCUCUAUUAUUUUUUUUUCUAUUAGUAAUUUGAA